AUGGGUUCCUCAUCUCAUUCACUUCCUUCGGAGCUUAUACCAUUGCUCAAGCGCGAUCAGGACGACUCGCUAUUGCCACUACGACCCCAAAAGCCCUUCUCGCCAGAACUCAAGUCAACAAUCUCCUCCCUGAAAUCCGAUUUGCCGGUACCAGUAGUGGGCAUCCUCCACCUGCUCAACGACGACAUCGAUGCAGCACAUACACUCGUUCAAGAUGAUGACAGCAAUCGGGACUCGAACUUGAUCCACUCGUUGCUCCAUCGCAGAGAGGGAGAUUUCUGGAACUCAAAAUGGUGGCUCAAUCAAUUGACCCAUCCCUUCUUGAACACGCUGUACGAAGAGAAGAAACUGGACGGAAGGACAGGCGCAAAGCAAUUUGUCGAUAUGGUCGAGCGAGUGACCUCGAAAGGAGCAACGACUGCGUGCGCAGCGCAAAGGGAUGUCAAGACGGCGAAAGAAUGGCAGUGGAAAGAACACUCGACUCUCGCACAUUAUCUGUUCGAGCAGUAUGAUGUUGAUGUCCCUUCUGCGUAA